AUUGUUUUUCUUUUAACUAAGCCAGAUGGCGAGAAAGCUUGUUCUUGUUACAGUUUUGAAAGUGAUCUAUCAAUGACGUGGCCGAAAGCAAGGAAGUCUUGUACAUAUAACCAGAAAGAUCUCGUGGCCAUGGAAACAGAGAGUGAGUGGCAGUUUAUCACGAAUGAGCUCAAGAAUCGCACAACAAAAAAAAAUGAGUGGCACAUAGGGUUGUCUUGGAAUAGAACAGUUAAUAACUGGACUUGGGUCAACGGUAAACCGCUGACUAUAACGAAAUGGCAGGAUUCUGAACCUAGUGGAAACAGUGUCUACGCUCUCAUUGCUAAAGAAUAUCCCAGAGGUUCUUAUGGGAAAUUUAACAGCAUCAGAGGCGACAUUAAAAGAGCCUGGAUAUGCGAGGAAGAAACAGGUGUGAUUAUCAAUUAUAUUUUUCUUUUUUUAGAUUCUUGUGGUGUAGCUAAGUUCUUUGCAGGUCUUCAUAUAAUGUAUUUAUUUAAUGAUGAAAGCGAGAAAGCGUGAUUCCUACUAUAAAUCACGUGACAAAUUGAUUCGUAGACUCCAGUAGCUCGUAACAGUCACUGGCAAUCAUUCUACAAUACAUACCAGUUCUAUCACUUAUACACAUGUCCAUAUGCGAGAGUCACGCAUCCCGAAUGCAAUUUCCGUUCACCAGUUAUCGUUAAUCGGAAUGUCUAACUCACCACCACACCGGAUAUCUUUUCGUGCAGACACGAGAUGCUAUCCAGUAUAUAGUGUGAAGACCUAAAUAUCCGAUAUGUGACCCUCCAAUUUAUAGAUCAGCGCGGCGCAGGUUCGCUCAUCAGUACAGACAUCAAAUCCGGUAUAGUGUAAACGUAGCCUAAGUCUAACACAAAGGAGGACGAUACGAGGUAAAAAAGAAAGCAACUUCAGCCUUUCAAAUCUUAACAUCAUCUUCAGACAGAACCAGACGUGCAAGAAAUAGUAAUUUGAAAAGGAAACAUACAUUUAGAAAAUUAUAUUAGGGUACGAUUUCAAAUGCCUUGUCUGUAACUUCUGGGCCUACUUUGUGAUAAACUACUGGGUAUCGAAACAAUACUAGAUGCGGGAGAAUUUCCAAGGACUUUUGUAUAUAGGAUCAGGUUAAUUCAGCUGCUGUCUUUGGCAAGAGCAUAACUGGUAUCCGGGAUCAUGGCCUACACGCUGUCUACAACUUGUAUUCCGUCUUCUAGACAAGCCAUACUGUCGACUCCCGAUUACUCGAACCUUCAAGGGAAAUCUAAAAAGGUUCGAGUUAUCGGGAGUUAGAAGCAAGUAACCGGAAAUGAGGAAAUAAGGAAUUGGGCAACAAAGUUUCAUUGAUAUACAGGGGUGGACACUGUAGUUAAACUGGACUGACGACCUAAACUGAAACGACAAAGAAUACAAAGUUGUUUUGAAGUAUUAAAUUCUGUUUUGGACUGCAGUGCACAAUUUUCUUCUUUUCCGAUCGACUUGUGACACGUUUUAAACAUGGUUCGAGUUAUCGAGCCGGGUAAAAUUAUAUAGAAAUCAUCUGAAGGGAAGCAAAAAUUACUUCGAGUUAGCGCGAGGUUCGAGUUAUCGGGCCGAUCAGCUUUAUUUCUUUACGUUUUUUUGUUUGUUUUUUAACGCCAGACACCUGUGAAGGAGUUUGUAUGCAUCAUAAUCCAGUUGUAACAACAAUAGCAACGCCAGUAGUAACAGCCACUACGAAAGAAACGACAAGUUUCAACAUAGCAGAUACUACUUAUUUUUCUUCAGGUUUGCACUGUUAUAUGUAUCUUUAAUCUUCAUUGCGGGUUUUCGUAGGUCAUACAAGUGUCCAUGAUUCACAGAAACAUACUUCAAACCGCCUAGAUGAAUAAAUAGAUAUAGAUCUGGAUGGCUAGAUAAACAACUAAUCAAAUAAAACAAAUAACUAAUACAAAUUUUAAAAAUUUAAUUAGCUUUAACAUCUGGAAAUAAAAGAACAACGUGCCGAUGGUCGAUAGUGUACGUUGCUCACAGAACUAAAACUUGACUCUGACGUACAGUAAUCAUUAGGUGAUUUUCUAUUCUUGAAGUUCUAGUGGUAUACGCCCUGGAAACCUGAAAGAAGUACGUAAUCAGGCAGUAACUAUUCUAUUCUUCUCUUGGCAGAUAUUACGACUUUGGCCAGAACGUCGAGUUUAAGUGAGCGAAAAACUGCAGCAAAACAUUCGUCCACAGUUGUCAUUGUAGCAGCGUCACUGGGAACAGUGCUAUUUGUAGCACUAAUUGCACUUGCUGCUUUGAUUUUGCUAAAGCGAAGAAGGCGGCAUAGUUCGAAAGGUAUAAAUGCUUUUUCCAUAUACAUCAUCUGUUGAAAGGUUAUGCCGUCUGCAUGAUAUCUCUAUGCCAUAUUUUCCAUCAAAAAAUGUGUACCGGUUGUGUUAUUGGUCCGGUAACCUUGCUUGAAUUUAACCCUCGGACGUAAGAAGGGGGGUUGCCACCUUCCCUUCUGAUGUUUUUCUGAGUUUUUUUCCUAGACGAUAAAACAUCAGCACCUGACGUUUUCAGUAGCUGUUUGUUUAUCCCUCACGCGCAUUAUGAGACAAGUUUAGUGGUGGUGAGUUUCUAUGGUUACGAGAUAUGACGCCAUAAGUAGGAGGUGGUCAAGCCAUUUUUGGGUGAAAAUACAUGUUUUUUGAAUUUCUUUCAACAAUAAAAGUAAAUCUUGUGGCUAAAGUGAUGCAAAGUGCUUAUUUUGUGUUAUUUUUCGCGUCAAGCACAAAAAAAAUUACCAUUUCUCGCGGUUUUAUCCUGAUUUCUAAUUCUUGGUAAAAUCCAAGAUGGCGACCAUUGUUGAUGACGUCACAAGCCUCCAGCAGCGCCACCACCCAUAAAAUAUACCUCAUCUUGUUGAGAAGAUCAAAGCCAUUCCACUGAAGGCAAAAUCGUUUCUAAAUAUGGCAACAUAUCAAAAAUUCUAAGGAGUGGUUCCAUCAACCAACACCCCCCUUGUACCACGGUAGGGGUAUGAAUUUGCAUGUAUGUCCGAGGGUUAAUUUCAAUGACUUUCUUGAACUUGAAAAUUGGUAUUACCUGGCUGUUUCCUUUGUAGUCGUUACUUCCAGAUUCAUAAUUAAAGGCCUAUACUGAACCUUUUCUCAGCUCCAUAUUAAAUCGCUUUACUUAGGCUUCAGUUGCCUUAGAAGACUUUAAAAAAUUCUUUUUUCCGACAAAUAGAGGUUUAUAUUGUGAAUUUCACUAUCGACGUCUCAAAUAACUACGAGUCCGAGUGCAAAGGUAUGGUUUUCAGUGCACUAUUCGACCCCUCACUUUAUCGGUGAGAUCGUCGAGAUCUAGGGCUUAUCGUGACUAGCCAGUGUAGCGAGUCUCGCCCGAGUGUAGCUUGGGCAAAGAUUAUAAAAUGUAUCCGCCUUCUGGAACAUUUGAGCAAAACAUGACGUUACGGUAUAGGCGCUGGACAAUUUUAUGGGGAAAUAAGACACUGUGAACAAUCUGUGCGCUGUUUAUAACGGUCAUUCCAGCUGGUUGAUGCAUUUUUUCUUCUUUCUUUUUAGAUUCUGAAAAGCCCAAGAAAAACGCCCUGUAAGCGUUAUUUUUUAAUCAUCUAUUGAAAUCACGUUAUGUUUUUUGAUAUUCUGUCCCUAAAUGUGCCACUUAAUAUGUGAUUAUUCAAGUGGCCUAUAUGGGCGUUCAUUAUAAUACAAUGGUCUCUUUUUUUUUCCAAAUCUUUUGACUACUUUUGUUAAUUCAAAGGAACCAACCAGAGAACUCGUACGAAUCCGUCGAUCCUGUUGAGGCUGCAAAGCUGCUUGGGACGCCAAAUGCCGGCAAAGUUAGUCUCAUAAAGACUGAACUAGUAGAAUACGAUAUGGUCAACAAAAAAGAGGACACAAAGGUAUACAACAAUGCGAUUCUCCUUUUACAG